GUCUGAGGACCUGCAGACGUAUUGUGAUUUUGGGGAAGUUGUCGAUGUCAGUAUCAGACAAGGCAGCAAAGAGGGUACCAACAUGAACCGCAUUGUUUCCAUCAACAGACAGGAUGGAAAAACUCAAGAGCUGGUGUUCUCCUCCUCAAUGGAGGCAUUGUCUUUUACAUCUUUAAUUGAUGGUUACUACAGACUAACCAUGGAUGCCCAUCAUUACCUCUGCAAGGAUGUCGUUCCACCCCAUAUGCUGGAGGCCAUUGAGAGCUACUGCCACAGGCCAAUAUCAAUGGAGUUUGCAAUCAGUAAACUACGCAAGUCAGGGAACCAGAAAGGUCUAUUCGUGCUCCGGUGCAGCCCCAAAGACUUCAACAAAUACUUCCUGACUCUUGCUAUUGGGGCGUAUGAGGAUGUAGAGUACAAGCAUUGUCUAAUCACCAGGUCUGAAAAUGGUGACUACAAUCUUAGUGGAACCAAAAGGAAUUUUAGAAGUUUAAAGGAGCUGCUCAAAUGUUACCAGAAGGAAACGGUGAAAUCAGACGGUGUCGUCUUUCAGUUCAGCAGGUGCUGUUUACCAAAGGCCAAACAGAAGUCGAGUUUGUUGGUGUGCCGGAGUCAUCAGGGUUCAGAGGUUUCCCUGUCCUCCUCACUGCAGAGACACAACAUCAGUCAGAUGAUGUUUCAUAAAAUCAAGAAAGAUGACCUUGAUCUUGGUGAGAGUCAAGGUCAGGGGACUUUCACUAAGAUCUUCAAAGGGAUUCGGAAAGAGCAGGGAGACUACGGAGAAACCCAUAAGACUGAAGUCAUUGUCAAAGUCUUGGACAAAGCCCAUAUAAAUUACUCUGAGUCUUUUUUUGAGGCAGCCAGCAUGAUGAGUCAGCUCACCCACAAGCAUCUGGUGUUGACCUAUGGUAUCUGUGUGUGCGGAGAGGAGAACAUCAUGGUGCAGGAAUAUGUGAAGUUUGGGUCCUUGGACACAUACCUGAAGAAAAACAAGAACUCAAUAUCAGUUAAUAUCCUGUGGAAGCUGGAAGUGGCCAAGCAGCUCGCCUGGGCUAUGCUCUUUUUGGAGGAGAAGAAUCUGGCUCAUGGGAAUGUGUGUGCAAAAAACAUCCUUUUGAUCAGAGAGGAGGACAGGACAUCGGGAAACCCUCCAUUCAUCAAACUAAGUGACCCUGGCAUCAGCAUCACAGUGCUGCCCAGAGAGAUUCUGGUGGAGCAAAUCCCCUGGGUAACGCCUGAAUGCAUCUUAGACCCUAAAAACCUGAGUCUUGCCUCAGACAAAUGGAGCUUUGGUACAACAUUAUGGGAGAUUUGCAGUGGAGGAGAAAAGCCACUUGCCAACAUGGACAGUUCCAAGAAACACUUGUUCUAUGAAAACCAUCACCAACUAUCUGCUCCCAAGUGGACGGAGCUCGCUAACCUGAUCAACAGCUGAAUGGACUAUGAGCCAACAUUUAGACCUUCCUUCAGAGCCAUCAUACGAGACCUCAACAGUCUCUUCUGCCCAGAUUAUGAGAUCGUGAAGGAGAGUGACAUUUUACCCAGCAGAGCAGGCGCAUCUGGAUUAAGUACUGGAGCGUUUCAGAAUGAGGAUCUAGUGUAGUUCGAGGAAAGACAUAUUAUUUUCCUGCACCAGCUCGGCAAGGGAAAUUUUGGCAGUGUGGAAAUGUGCAGGUACGACCCCCUGCAGGACAACACUGGUGAAGUUGUGGCUGUGAAAAAAUUACAACACAGCACUACUGAGCACAUCCGUGACUUUGAGCAGGAAAUCGAGAUCCUCAAAUCUCUCCAGCAUGAAAACAUUGUGAAAUACAAAGGCGUGUGCUACAGUGCAGGAAGGAGAAACUUACGAUUGGUUAUGGAGUACCUGCCUCACGGCAGUCUGCGGGACUAUCUCAACAAGAACAAAGACAGGAUCGACCACAAGAAACUUCUGCAUUAUGCGUCUCAAAUAUGCAAGGGCAUGGAAUAUCUUGCAACAAAGCGGUACAUUCACAGAGACCUGGCCACACAUAACAUUUUAGUGGAAAGUGAGUUCAAGGUUAAGAUUGGUGACUUUGGCUUGACCAAGGUUUUACCUCAGGGCAAAGAGUACUACAAGGUUAAAGAGCCUGGAGAGAGUCCAAUAUUCUGGUAUGCACCCGAGUCUCUAACUGAGAGCAAGUUCUCAUCCCAAAAAAUUGCUAUGUGGGAAGUAGCAUCAGACAUCUGGAGUUUUGGAGUGGUUCUGUAUGAACUCUUUACAUACAGCGACAAGCUCUGUAGCCCACCUACAGAAUUUCUGAGUAUGAUGGGAGGUGACAAGCAGGGACAAACGAUAGUCUAUCAUCUCAUUGAGCUCUUGAAAACAGGAAGCCGUUUACCCCAGCCAAUGGGCUGUCCUUCAGAGAUGUGCGAGAUUAUGCAGGAAUGCUGGGACAAUGAUCCAAGUCUUCGGCCACCCUUCAAGGAGCUCACUCUCCGCAUAGACCUGAUCCGGGACAGCAGCGAUUCAGACCAAUAUACCCAAGUGCCUGCGUUUUAGGAAAGAAGCUUCACUUGCUCACCGCUGCCACGCAGAUACCUAGCCCUGAGCCUGUUUUCUGGCCCUGUCCGCUGUCUUAAUUUGUUUCUUUGUGCCAUUUACGGCAAAUCUGACCCCAGGACUUGAUCACCUCAUCUUCUGACUGAACAAUUAAAGUCAUUUAUAUCAAGAAUGGGUUUCUCUUUUGCUAGCAGUGCUGGCAUGCGCCCCUUUAUCAGCGAUGAUAUGAAUGAAGCUUUUUCUUAAGAAA